ACGCAUUGUCAUAGAACAAAGCAUGCAAUGAUGGAUCAUUACGAUAAAAAGGAAGAUAACAUACAUAAACCAAAGAAAAGAAGAAAGUAAAAAAUGGCCAUGUUAUAAAGCCAUCAUGACCAUUGUUUGCCAAUUUCAACAAAGUUGGCCCUCUAAAUUUGAUAUUUCAAUGUGUCUUUUCUUAUAUUAUUAUUUAUAAUUCAAUGUUUCUUUUCUUAUAUUUUAAUUUAUAUAUAUGUGCAUUAUUGUAUGAACAAACAACACCACAAUCUCUUCUUGGACCCUAAAGACAACAAGAAAAAAACCCAUAUAUACGAAUUCUAUUAUUUUCACUAUUUAAUUUGAUUGUUUCUUGAAGGUAUAUAUAGCUACUACAAAUGGAUACAAUGAAGAUUAAACUUCUCGUUAUACUAGUCUCUUUCUUCCUCAUCUCUGAAGUUCCUGCGAUUCUUGGGUUCAGUAUGAGAGGCAAUACUAGAUCGGAGCCGGAAGCAUUUCACGGCGGAGAUUUCUUCCUGGCGAUGAAGAUCAGGAAAUUGCUGGUUACAAACUUGCAAGUCGAUUAUUCAGGUGAUUAUGAUGAUGGAGCCUCUUCAGCAUCACCAGCACCACCAGUGCCUGAUUAUGAUGAUGAUAUCUAUAAAAGGCAAGGUGAUGUCCCAAGCCCUGCUAUAGGCCACUGAUGAUACGUUUUCAUGUGUAUAGUGUAUACACAGAAAGAAAUACACAUUUUUGGUUAAUAUAUUUAUACAUGCUAUUUACUUGUUCAUAUGUGUGUUUGUCCUAAGAGAUCUCCGUAUAAUCAAUUUAUGUGUCUUUUUGUUUUGAUAAUACAUAUCCUUCUCUAUAUAUACAUUUUUAAUUAUGUCAUUAUUCAAUAAAUGUGACAUCUACAUUUUUAUGUAUG